AUGGAACUAAUCCCACACUUCAUUUACAACGCCCACAGGGAAACAAACGUCUGCGCGGCUGAUUCGACACCACCUGGUCUUAUUUUAAAAUGCAUCUUUAAAUGUAUUUGUAUGCAGGUAUUCAUGAUACUAUCAAUGUGUUGCUUUAGUAUAUACGUAUUAAUUAACGUAAACUACAGAGAAACCAAGGCAUAGUUUCCAAAUGUACUUUGCGGAAAGUCGUGUCCCGAAUAUUUUUACUUACAUGCCCGGGCGAUUUGGUCUUGCACAUGAAAUGGAGAUAUUUUGAAUCAUAUACCGAAGAGUGGUUUAGCUACAAACAUGAAGAUAGCUGUAGAAGGCUGCUGUCAUGGCGAGCUGGACAAAAUCUACGAGACCAUUAGUUAUCUGGAGGAAAGAGAGGGCAUUAAGGUGGACCUGUUGCUCUGCUGUGGAGACUUCCAGGCUGUACGCAAUGAGGGGGACAUGAAGUGUAUGGCAGUGCCCAUGAAGUACAGGCAAAUGCAAACCUUCUACAAAUAUUACUCUGGGGAAAAGAAGGCUCCUGUACUGACUAUCUUUAUCGGUGGAAAUCAUGAAGCUUCCAACCAUCUUCAAGAGCUUCCUUAUGGGGGGUGGGUUGCUCCGAAUAUUUACUACUUGGGCUAUGCAGGUGUGGUGUGUUACAGAGGCGUCCGCAUUGGUGGUCUGUCAGGAAUCUUCAAAUACCACGAUUACAGAAAAGGACACUACGAGUUUCCACCAUACUCCCAAGAUACACUGCGUAGUGUCUACCACAUCAGGAACAUUGAUGUCUUCAAACUUAAACAGAUCCAGAUGCCCAUGGAUGUGUUUCUGACUCACGACUGGCCACAAGGGAUCUACAACUAUGGCAGCACUCAGCAGCUGGUGAGCAAGAAGAAGUUUCUCAGGGAGGAGGUGGAGUCUGGCACCUUGGGGAGUCCCCCAGCUGCAGAACUCCUCGCCCACCUCAGACCGGCCUACUGGUUCUCCGCACAUCUCCACGUCAAGUUCGCCGCUCUCAUGGAGCACGGGGCUAAAGAUCAGAGUGCUCCUCGGACAACUAAGUUCCUAGCCCUGGAUAAAUGCCUACCUCAUAGAGACUUCUUGCAGGUUCUUGAGGUGGCGGAGCGACCAGGUACCUCUGACCGCCUGGAGUACGAUGCAGAGUGGCUGGCUAUCCUGAAGGCCACUGAUAACCUCCAGAACGUCUCCCCUAACUUCUGGGCUCCUCCUGAGGACAACGGACUACAUGCCAAGUGGGACUUCAGCGUUUCCGAAAGCGAGUUGACGGAAGCUGUGGGAGCCUUAGGGGGUGACCUCUCCAUUCCGGAGAACUUCUCUCUCACCGUCCCCUCGUACAACCCCGCCAACCCUCAGCCCCACACGCCACCAACUUACAGCGUAAACCCACAGACCACAGAGCUCUGUGCCACCCUCGGGCUGACGGACAUUUACGCUCAGGUUAGUCAAACCAAGCCCAUGGGAGGAGGUGGCAUGAAGACCGAGUACAAGGACAUCUCCAGCAGUUUUGACGAUUUUUCCACAAACCCCACUGACACGUCAGAGCUGUCCACCUCCGUCAACCCAGAUGAAAUAACUAUCGAGGAGGAAUGGGACGAGGACGAAGGGGGGGACGACGACGACCAUGGAACCGAGAAAAGGCCGACUGAUGACGCUGUUCCUGAUAGUGGAGCUGGAGCUGGCUGUGUUGUUGACGUGGACGAGUUAUUUAGUUCGCCCUCGUCAGGGGCACAAAGCAGAAACCAACUCCUACUUCCACCCCCGUCCACAACCAAGAAUGACGACUUUGCCCAGUCUCCUGACCGCCCCUCGUUACAGCUUCCUUCACCCACCCAGGCCUCGGAUGACGCCCAGCUCUUAGGUGCGCAGGGAGAUGAGGAUAGGCAGCAGCUGAAAGUCCACAAACGAUCUAGUGAUGAAACAUGUGUUGGUAAAAACAGUGGACUAAAGAUUAAGAGGAGAAACCAAAUAAUUUACACUGCUAAGGAUGAGGACGAUGACGAUGAUAAUUAAGUGUUUCAUCUUUCUUUCUUCCUUGCUUUCAUUCAUUCUUGCUUCCUUCCUUUCUGCUGAACCUAUUUGCUGUAAAAUUCUUCUGUGAAAUGAUUUUUUUAAAUCUUUUAUAGACAUGUGACAUAAUGUUGAACAUUUCUGGAGCAAUAACUGGUUUCAAUUAACGAUGACUACGACUCAGAUUUUCAUAUUGUUUUGGAUCUUUUUUUAGUGAAUAUAAUGCUUUUUUGCAUCCACAAUGUGUUUGUCUUAAUCUUGGAUGCACAACUUUCCAGUGCUGUCUAUAAUUUUGUCACCUCAUUUGUCAAGUCCAUAAUGUUGUCGCACCCUUGUAAGUUUUGUUUUCGUAAAGGCAGAUGGGAUGUGUCUCAGAUGUUUCAGUCAGAUUUUGACAACAUUGCAUCUUUUGUGUCGUUUUGAUUAUUUGUCAUUUUCUGAAAAUAAAUGUUCUAAAUGUCA